AUGGGGAAGUACUAUUUGUUCUUGAGCUAUAAGAGUCACUCGUUUUCUGAUGGACAAUGUUUUUAUGGUGAUGGUGACUACUUUGGGGUGCUUCUACUGUGGGGUAACAGUACUGUCUUCAUCUUCACAAAUGCAGAGAGCCCGCUGCCCACAGUAAAUGUAGAGAGCCCGCGGCCCACAGUAAAUGCAGAGAGCCCGCGGCCCACAGUGAAUGCAGAGAGCCCGCUGCCCACAGUAAAUGCAGAGAGCCCGCUGCCCACAGUAAAUGCAGAGAGCCCGCUGCCCACAGUAAAUGCAGAGAGCCCGCGGCCCACAGUAAAUGCAGAGAGCCCGCGGCCCACAGUAAAUGCAGAGAGCCCGCGGCCCACAGUAAAUGCAGAGAGCCCGCUGCCCACAGUAAAUGCAGAGAGCCCGCUGCCCACAGUAAAUGCAGAGAGCCCGCGGCCCACAGUAAAUGCAGAGAGCCCGCGGCCCACAGUAAAUGCAGAGAGCCCGCGGCCCACAGUAAAUGCAGAGAGCCCGCGGCCCACAGUAAAUGCAGAGAGCCCGCGGCCCACAGUAAAUGCAGAGAGCCCGCGGCCCACAGUAAAUGCAGAGAGCCCGCGGCCCACAGUAAAUGCAGAGAGCCCGCGGCCCACAGUAAAUGCAGAGAGCCCGCGGCCCACAGUAAAUGCAGAGAGCCCGCUGCCCACAGUAAAUGCAGAGAGCCCGCUGCCCACAGUAAAUGCAGAGAGCCCGCUGCCCACAGUAAAUGCAGAGAGCCCGCGGCCCACAGUAAAUGUAGAGAGCAUGUAG